AUGGCAAUUACUAAAGUUGUUUGCAGAAAUAAAAUGUGGCAAAAAAAAACGCCUGAAACUAUCGUCAUAGAAGAUGAACAGGAAUUGGAUUUUCAUCCAAUCGAUUUAACGACAGAUGAAUUCUUCGUUACUUUGAACGAAAAAACGGAAAACCAGUCUACCUUAGAAAUUAAAGAAAUAGGACCAUUAACUAAAAAAAUAAUGGAAUCCAUUUAUGACGAUGUUAACAAGGCCAUCUACAAAUAUGGCAAACCUGUUAUAAAUAAUAUCGAGUAUGUAAAACCGUACGAGGCCAUGUUUGUAGAUGGCGACUCGGUGUACAAUUUAAAAAACAUUGAUGUCGUCGAUGAAAAAGAAGACUACGACAUGGAUGAUGACGAUGAUUACGAUGAUGAUGAUGAAUAUAAUGAUGAUGAUGAAUAUAAUGAUGAAUAUGAUGAUGAAUAUGAUGAUAACUAUGAUGAUAAAGAAAUUAACGAAAAAGAGGAACCUAUGGAAAUAGACAAUUAA